GGAUCACAUCAGAAGUCACAGUGUUUAGAGCAGACAGAGUCAGCCCUGCACAACUGAGCAGGAUCCAGCCAGUGCUAGAAGCUACGCUAUACCAAACAGACUAUACGAUCACCCUGGGCUUCAGUAUUCAAUAUCCAGGAUGGAGCGGCCCAUCAAAAAACCGAAUGAAGCAUUUGUUACAUUAGCAGCAAAUGACCUAUAUGGAAAAGGUUCAUUAGUAUUGGGCUGCUCACUGAGAAAACACAAAACUACAAGGCAGCUGGUGGUUCUCAUCACCCCCCAAGUCUCCCAAACUGUGAGGACUGUGCUAGGGAGAAUCUUUGAUGAAGUUCUAUUAGUGGAUGUACUGAAAAGCCAAGAUUCAAGUAAGUUAAUCCUNAAAAAAACACCUGAACUCAGUCUCAUGCUUGCAAAAUUGUAUUGUUGGGAUCUUACCCGCUAUUCGAAAUGUGUAUUCAUGGAUGCAGACACAAUGGCACUAAUGAACAUUGAUGAACUUUUUGAAUGGGAGGAAUUGUCUGCAGUAGCAGAUGACAUUUGUUCUGACUGUUUCAACACAGGAGUGUUUGUUUUUAAGCCUUCCACAGAUACACAUAAGGCACUUUUAAAGUUUGCCAUGGAGAAGGGGAGCUUUGAUAAUGGGAAUCAAGGUUUGCUGAACAGCUUCUUCAGCAAUUGGGCAAAAGUAGACAUUUCUAAGCACUUGCCCUUCACUUACAACUUAAAUUGCAAUUCAGUUCAUUUUUCAACUUUGAAACCACAAGCAGCUGCUGCCAAAGUAAUUCACUUUCUUGGCAAGACCAAACCAUGGAACUAUUCUUAUGACCCAAAUACAAAACUUGUGAAAGAUCAUGAUUUAUCGGUUACUCAUCCUGAAUAUGUAUACAUGUGGUGGGAUAACUUCACAUCAUCAGUCUUGCCAAUGCUAACAGAACAUGGUGUUGAAGAGGCAACCAGUUCCACAAAAGAGGAAAAGAUUACUGAGGCUUUAACACGGCUUUCCAUCAUUCCACCUACAGUGACUGCCUCCUCAGAGGAACGUCGCCAGAGGUGGGAACAGGGUCAAGUUGAUUUCAUGGGAGCCGACUCUUUCCAGAAUAUCCAGAAGAAACUGGAUGCUUACUUGAAUUAA